AUGGAGGCCGCCAACCCUAUCAUGUCCCGCAACAACAUCGGGACACCCGAGGAGUACCGCAAGCGCAAGGUCGCGUUGAUCUCUGGUAUCUCCGGUCAGGACGGUUCCUACCUCUGCGAGUUCCUCCUCGCCAAGGGGUACUUUGUUCACGGUAUCAUCCGGCGUAGUUCCUCGUUCAACACUGGCCGUCUCGAGCACCUUUACAAGGACCAGCACCAGAAGCCUAACAUGAUCCUCCACUACGGUGACUUGACCGACGCGACCAACUUGGCCUACAUCAUCUCCCAGGUCCAGCCUACCGAGAUCUACAACUUGGGCGCCCAGUCCCACGUCAAGGUCUCCUUCGAGAUGUCCGAGUACACUGGCGAUGUCGACGGUCUCGGCACCCUCCGUAUCCUCGACGCUAUCCGUACCGCCGGGCUCGAGAAGCACGUCCGGUUCUACCAGGCCUCCACCUCGGAGCUCUACGGUAAGGUCCUCGAGACCCCCCAGAGGGAGACCACCCCCUUCUACCCCCGAUCCCCCUACGGUGUUGCCAAGCUUUACGCUUACUGGAUCACUGUCAACUACCGUGAAGCCUACGGCAUGUACGCCUGCAACGGUAUCCUUUUCAACCACGAAUCCCCUCGUCGUGGUCGCACCUUCGUCACCCGCAAGAUCUCGCGCGCCGUUGCCGAGAUCCACCUCGGUCUCUCGGACUGCAUCUACCUCGGUAACAUCGACGCCAAGCGCGACUGGGGACACGCCAACGACUACAUCGAGGGCAUGUGGCUCAUGCUGCAGCAGGACGAGCCUGAGGACUUUGUCCUCGCGUCCGGCGAGACCCACCCCGUCCGCGAGUUUGUCGAGAAGGCUUUCAGCCACGUUGACAUCCAGCUCAGGUGGGAGGGCAAGGAGGACAACGAGGUCGGAAUCUGCACCAAGACUGGCCGCACUCUCGUCCGCGUCGACCCUCGGUACUACCGACCCACCGAGGUCGAGCUCCUCCACGGUGACCCCACCAAGGCGCAGACCAAGCUCGGCUGGAAGCGCAAGGUCGACUUCCCGUCCCUCGUCGAGGAGAUGGUCAAGGCCGAUAUCCAGAUCCUCCAGACUCCCGGUGUCAACCAGAACUAG